GCCCAUGCGUGCCGACCUCUCCUACCGAUGGCCUGUAAAGACGGCAGCCAAGGGCCAAGAGCCAAGCCCUCUCCUACCCCAGAAUCAAUAUGCAAUGCAGGCCGGUUCUUUUAUCUGAUGGGUCAGCAAUGAAAGCAAAGCGGCCAGGCUAAAUUGAUUCUCUCGGUAAACUUCGAAUGCUCUCUCCAGGUCUCUUGGCGGCGGCCAUCUACCCCAUCUUUCCCAAAGGAGAGAGGCUUGAGUGUCAUGGUUCACCUAGUCCCCAAUCCUCGGGACUCCAAUUCGCCGAAUUCAGUCCGGCGUCGCUGCCCUGGCUUAUAGUACUUUGCAGCCCUGAGCCGCCCAACGGGGAAGAUCACGCGCACAUGCCUUUCUCGGAGUUAACGCUAUGCCGACGACCGUCUGUUUUCUGCUUGGCCGUGACAGCCCAGGCUGUACUUGGUAUUUUGGCUUCACAACGGGACUCACCUUGGCAAGAAGUAUCUGGACCGAGGUCUCAUCCUGUUGUAAGUGCUCUGUAGGAGCUUACGUCAGGACUCAGGUGAGUAAGUACCAAGUAGGUCAUCAACAUUCCUCCCUCGAGCGCCAGAUGAUAGCAGAUAUGGCCAGAGUUACAUCAAGUUCAGGAACCAGUCCGAUGUGCGUGACACAUACGGUGCG